UCUAGCAUACUGCCAGCUGCUGAAUCAUCUGAGGACCAGACACCUAUAACUGAAUCCCCACCACCAGUGCAUGACUUACCUGGGGUUAAAACACCAGCCAUCUGUAGUGGAAUUGCCAGUGUCUGCAAACAAGCUGGUUAUUGAGAAACUACCAGAUUCUGAGGACCAGUUACUGCUCACUGAAUAGUCCAUAUCCAGGGAAAGCUCACCUCAGAUCAGAUCAUCUCUAGGUGAACUGUCAAGUUUUGAAGUCAAGAUAUACAUGUCUGACUCCACACAGGAUGGUAACACACCUGAGGCUGCAUCAGCAGCAGCAGAGACUGAGUAUGAAGUACCAGAGCCAACGAUAUUUGAAAAUGCCUAUCAAGUGUCCAUUGAUUACGUGGAGAAACAUAAUAUUCUGCAGAUAUUUCAGGAGAUCACAGAAAAACUGGUGUACUCUAAGCCUGAUGACCCCUUGCAGUUCAUAUUGAUGGAGGUGCAGUCUAUGAUAGAUGCCAGGCAGGCAGAAAUGGAGAGAAUAUCGGAGGAGAACAAAGAUGUGCAAGUGCUCUAAUUUCCUGAUGGAUGGCAGUGUAUUCCCAAAUGACUGUCUCUAUGGCUAUGAAGAGAACGCCAUAGAAACUUCAUCUAUCUAUUUUUAGCUAAAAGUCUGAUGAUUAGGUUGUGUGAUUCUCUGCAGCACAGCUUGGGCCCAAAAAGUCUGGGAAUAACAGAGACAAGUAUUUGGCAUACAAAUUCCAUAUCUGAGAAGAGUUUCCUUUUUAUCUAAGGUUCUAAAAAAAAAUCAGUUAACUCAUGUGUUUCCAGGUAGGUAAACAGCCCUAUCAUUCUUAGAGCAGGGAGAUUCUUAAGGUUAUUUUGAGUCUAGGGGUGGCUUAAGGUUCAGAUUCAAUCUUGGCUGGUUUUAUAAGAAGCUAAAUGUAGACUUAGGCAUCUAGGUCCCACUGAAGUGGUGAGAUGCUUUUCAAAUCCCUACUUAUCUUUGGCAACUGGAAGAAUCAGACACUGAGGUUGUUUUUCAGCCUGAUACAUUUUUGAUCAACAGUUUGUAAGCAGCCCUAUGUAUAUAUGCCCUGUCCUAAUGUAUCUCUGUGAAACAAGAAACGUAUGGAAGAUGAAAAUAGUGGCUGAAGCCUUCUCAUCUCUAUGGUCAUUUGUCAUCAUGUUGUCCCAGAAGAUGGAGAAAUUAGCAUGUCUUUGAAUUACAUCGUAGAACAGGAUUAGGAUUCCUUUGGGUAUAGCCUUAACUGUGCAUUUCCUGCUUCUGUCAUUUGUGUAUUGUGUUUGUUGUUCUGUUUUACUUACGAGAAGCUUUUGACUUGUAAUAUGUUCUCAGACUAUAAGUGUAUGCCUUCAACUUCAUGUCAUCAUUAAGGGAGUUAUGCAAGGAAAGAUCCUUAAUCCCUCUUUCAGGUAGGUUGAAGUGACCUGGAAAGCAGUCUUCUUACAGAUGACAGAAAUUUUGCAAGAGAGGCCCUACCCAGUGUUCCUCAGCAAUCUCAGGGCCAAAAUUUUGCUUUGGUGGCCUGGAUACCUUAUCUCAUGCCAGCAAAAUUGCUGUGUGGUAGCAAGAAGUCUUCCCAUUGCACAUAAGAGAGAGCAUCUGUCUUUUCUGUUUCUCAGAAAAGUGAAACAGAAACAGUGUUUUCUGUUCAUUUCUCUCCUCAGAGGAGAGGUCACUCUCCUUUGGGGAGCAGCAGUUGUAUAAAAAUGAAUGAGGCAGUACUCAGGACAGCUCUUUGGGCCUAGAUUUGUCAUGUGUAGAUGGCAAGAGACUAGGGAAGACAGUGGGCUGAGGCCAGUCCUUCAGCUUUCGCCAGCUUAAAAGGGGGUUGAUCAGCUCUGAGCAAGGGCUUUGACCAGAAAUCUUGGGGAACACAUCAUGAGCUGGGGAGAAAUGACACUUCCUUCACCUCGAACAUCUCAGAUGAUUGGAUUGUAUUUUGAAUUGCAGUUUUUCAAGCAAAAAGAAGCCCAGGAACUUAAUUUUAUGAAAACAAAAAAGCAUCCUCCAGAAUGUUGGCAGAUUAUUGUGUGUGUAAGAUUAUAGUGUCACACAGCUGUGCUUUCUGAUUUGCUUCAGAGUUCUUCUGAAAAAUACACUUUAGUUCUAGAAAAAUUCUACUUUAUGGUAAAGCACUGCUGUUUGUGUAUAAGAAGGCUUUCCUGUGAUGAAGAAAAGGAGGCAAGUUAGAUUUAAAAUGGAAAUUUUACUGUAAUUUUAACUCCAGUGACUGCCCCUUUUCCAUAAUUUUUUCUCAAACCAUUAGAUCCUUAUUUCUUCUUCAUAAGUGGACAUUUAUCAACAUGACACUAAACUGUCUUUAAAUUUCUUGCCUUGAGUGCUCUGAAGGAAUUAGCAGUUCAUUGUGUGUGACUGAAACUAUUCCAUAUAAGUCCUUAUAGCACACUAGUCACAGUAUAUUUGAAUGCCCUCCAGAGUGUGCUAAGCAACGUGACUAACAUCUGUUGUUUGCUCUUUUUCCUCUUCACAAGGGAGAUGUCUGUGCACUGAAGUACAUUCUUUUAAAAAGGGUGGUUUGUGGUUUUUUUACCCACACCUGUGUUGCCUUGUGCUUCUAAUGGAUAAGGAUAGGUCAUGGAGUGAAAGGUGUGGAAGUUGGAGGUAAUUUGUAGUUCCCAAGGAUGAUUACUCCUCAAUGUGAGCUGGACACCAAGAAAGUACAUUAUUUUGAAGGAACAGAUGUUUUUUUUUUUUUGCUUAUCCAUGGACAACCACAGAAGCAUGACAUCCCAUUCAUCUGCCAAAUGGCAUGAUCUUAUGGCCCACAGAGUGUUUCUGUUGUGAACCUUGUACUCCUUCAGAAGCAGGAUGCAGAGGAGCAAUCAGAAGGAAAGUAUAUUCACUGUGAAAUAGGUCUCUUGGAUGAAAACAUCAGUUUCUUUUUCUGCCAUCUCUGUAUGGAAGUUAAAACUACUCAGAUGCCCCAAGCAAUACUGAAGUUGCCUGUGUACUGCUUCUAACCAAUGCAAAAAACACCCAGUGUUGCAACAGCUGAUUAAAGAUACUUUGAAAAGUCCACACAGACUCUGCUCUGCUUCUUAGUUAGGUGGAGGGCACAUUUUUCAAUGGCCAGCUGCUUAUAGCAUGAGACAUUUC